AUGUUAUCAGCUCAUACUAUGGGGACUAAGAGUUAUGCCCGCUUCAAGGAAGAUAUGGACAAAGUGAAGGACAAAAUGCAAACACAACCUCCUACUGCACAUGAUAGCUUUGGACCAAAUGACAUAUUGUCACAAGUGCUAGAAGACAAACCUUAUUACUCAAGAGCAUAUGGAUUAGGACACAACUGGGGCAACAAGAAUUCAAUUGUAAAGAAUGCGCUAGAGGCAAAGAAAAAUGCUGAAGAGAAAACACAAAGGGUGGAGGAAAAACUAGAGAAAGUGUUGGGACAACAGGAGAAGAUACUGGCUUUGCUGCACAAGGAGAAUCCUAAUUUGGAUUUGGAUGAAAUAAUUGAUUCACCAAAUGAGAAUGAUGUCCCUGAUAUAGGAGAGUCUGACGAGUUAGGAACUGUUCCUCUACUUCCCAUGUUACAAUCAUCGACAGCAAUACCUGAGACUCAACCAGAUGAUACACUCAGAAAAGAGAAAGAUGAUUCAUUCUUCAAUUACAUGGUAAACUCAUAUCAAGUGAAGAAGACCGGUGUGGUUAAACCAUUAUGA